AUGGAUGGCAGCGGAAUAACAUUGAGAAAGAUAGAACCACAGAUUAAACCAAAAGCUUUCAACCAAGAAACAAGUCAUGAAACUAAAGUUCUUGUUGGCUGUACCCUCCUCUGUGAAACAGUUUUGACAGCUAUCCUUGUGGCCGUGGCUAUGCUUUGCCUGCACAGUCAUAGAGUUCUAUUCGAGGGAAUAAUAGCAGAUGUUUUCAACGUUAUCAUGUACGCUUUACCUUUGGCCAUAUGGAAAAAGGUUUUCGACACAAGAAGUGUGGAGUACAUGCCUUUUUGGCUCUCACUUGCUGGCUUGUCUAAUGGCGUCUGUUGGACCAUUUAUGCACUCAUCCAGUUUGAAAUCUUCAUCCUGGUUUCUAAUGGGCUAGGAUCCAUCUUAGGGGCAAUUCAAUUGGGUUUAUAUGCUUACUUUUACUUCAAUGGAAACGAUAAAGCUACAGAGCAAGUGAAGAAGCCGUCAGAGCUUCAGCUCUCUAAUCAACCUCGUGGAGCAGCCUGAAUAUUUAGACC